AUGCAGCAGCGAAUCAGCGUCGAGGCGGUGGUUCUCGCCAUGGCGGUGGCGGAAACAGCGGAGCAUUCACCGUCAACCGCGCUUUUCGCGCAGCCAGCCCCGAAGACCAUCGACAUUGAAGGGAUUCUGGAGGAGCACAAUAAGGCACGGCAGGAAGUGGGUGUGCCGGAUCUGGCAUGGGACGACGGAGUGGCAGCAACGUCACAGGAGUGGGCGAACGAGCUGGCGUCCAAAGGGUGCCCUCUGGAGCACGGCGGAGCAGAGGGGCUCGGGCAGAACCUCUACUGGCUGUCACCCGCGAGGCUGACCCCGGAGGAGGACCGUGGGGCAGUGCAGUCAUGGGUGGAGGAGAAGGCGGACUGGACCCCCAGCCCCAUUCCCGACAGGUGUGCGGACGGCAAGAUGUGUGGGCACUACACGCAGGUGGUGUGGCACGACACCACUCAUGUCGGCUGCGCCUCUGCUCAAUGCCCCGAUGGCUCCGGCAUGUGGGUCUACGACUACUCUCCCCCGGGCAACUUCGUUGGCUUUCUAGACUGCAUGCCAGUGAAAUCUGCCAAGGAGUGGGUGUGUGGUAAGUCAGGACAGGACAGUUCCAGACAGUAA